UGUGUGUGAUUGUCCCAUGAUAACCUGGUCAAUUUUGAAUGACGGGAAGGGGGAAGAACACAAUAGGAUUGUUGAGUCAUACGGCAGCGAAAUUUUCGAGUAAUAACCGCAGGAGUUUACUCGAUCUGCGACAUUUCGCCUUAUUCUGAAGACACUGGCAGACUGACUAGGAUUGUCUCAACAUGUUGAACCUGUUACUCGUCUUCAACUUGUUCAUCUUUAGUCAAGGCGACGGAGGGGCGCCGUGCCUCGCCCGGGACUACGGCUGGGGCAGCGUGGUGUGCGUGUGCAACUCCAGCCACUGCGACUCCCUGGGGCUCGGCCCCCUCCGGCAGCUGGCCGGCGGGGCGGUCGUCCAGUACCAGACCUCCAAGGCCGGCCUCAGGCUCCAGCCGCGCCGCGCCGCCUUCUCCUCCAGCCACGGCCGGGACGCGGCGAACACGACCUUGGAGGUGGACCAGCGAGUGACGUACCAGGAGGUGCUGGGGUUCGGUGGGGCUGUGUCCGACGCAACUGCCAUCAACACGUUCUCGCUGAGCGCCGCAGCGGCGGAGAGACUCGUCAGGGCCUACUUCUCGCCGGAGGGCAGCAGGUACUCGCUGGUCCGAGUGCCCAUCGGGCCCACGGACUUCUCCUCCCGCUACUACGAGUACACCGGGGACCACCAGUAUGACACCUCCCUGGAGCACUUCAACCUCACUGAAGAGGACACCGAGUACAAGAUACCGUUCAUCAAGAUGGCGCGGCGCGUCAGCCGGCAGCACGUGAACCUGUUCGCUGCUGCUUGGACGGCACCACAGUGGAUGAAGGACAUAGACAACUCGACCGGGAAGAGCGUUCUGAAGCCGGAGUACUACCAGGUGUACGCCGACUACUACGUACGGUUCCUGCGGGCCUACGCGGCGCGGGGCCUCGACUUCUGGGGCGUGACCCCGCAGAACGAGCCCGACGUGGCCCUGGUGCUGGGGCUGGUCAUCACCAUGGGCUGGACCGCGGCGAGCAUGCGGGAGUACCUGGCGGGGCACCUCUGCCCUUCGCUCCGUUCCGCGGGCUUCGGCGGCCUCAAGGUCAUGCUGGUGGACGACAACAGGAGCUACCUGCCGGCCUGGCUGCCGCUGCUGAAGAACGAGACCGUGCGAGACUGCGUGAGCGGCUCGGCCCUGCACUGGUACAGCGACAACACCACGCCGCCGAGCGUCCUCAGCGACGCCCACGCCGCCUUCCCGGACAAGUUCCUGCUCUACAGCGAGGCCUGUCCAGCACGGAGCGGCUCCGGGACACGUGUCCAGCUCGGCAACUGGGAGGACGGAGCGGAGUACCUGUCGGACAUCAUCCAGGUGGCCAGCCACUGGGUGGCCGGCUGGGUGGACUGGAACAUGGCCGUGGACCUGGGCGGCGGGCCCAACUGGCUCGGGCAGACGCGCGACGACGCCUCGGUGGUCGUCAACUCCACGGCGGACGAGUUCUACAAGCAGCCCACCUUCUACGCCGUGGCGCACUUCUCCAGCUUCGUUCCCCCCGGCUCCGUGCGCGUGUCCCUCCGCGCGGGGGCGUGGCCGGCGGCGCUCGAGGGCGUGGCCUUCCUCACGCCCGACCGCGUCACCGUCGUCGUGCUCCACAACAAGGGUGACGCAGACUUGGCAGUCUCCGUCAGCGACUCAGCGCGGGGCAACCUGACCUUGGACAUCCCUGCCAGGAGCAUGCACACCGUCCUCUACCGACAAGAGCUGCGACACUGACCGCCACCUUGGGCUUCUUUGUUUACUAGUUCAUUUUGCUAUCUUUACAACGAAAAAAUUUUCCCAAGCGAAAGACUGUCACCUUGAUGAUGGAUUCUUCCGUUUUUGGAGCUGCUAAAAUCCACAAACACCGGGGGAAGCAGAAAAGGGUUCAAAAUGUGAUAUUUAAGAGAUGGUAAUAUGACCGCAUGUAACUUGAGAGAUUUUUGUUUUUAUGGUUGCUACACAUUCCAUUUCAAGACACAACAAGUUUUAGUUGUUGAACAUGCUACACCUGAACCCUAACCGUAUUCCUUGAGCAUGAUAGGACACGGCCAGUCCAUUUUUUUUUAAGGGAACGGAUUUUGGUGUCUUGUCCGUUGCAGAUCUGUUGCCCGAAUUCCGCACAUGCGCAGAGCUCACCUUCACGUUUAUUCCAUCCAGAUGGCGGACCAAGUCUUGCACUGUUAACUCGUAUAUGUGCUAUGUAUUCGAACCCUACAAAACUUCCGAAUAAAUUAAAAACCCUAAACUUUAUCCGACGUUAAAAACGGAACAAUUUUUUUAAAAGAACAUACCUAAUUUGAUAUGAAACUCCCAUGUAACACAGUGUUAAAGAUGGAUUCAACCACUACUAGCGCCGCGAGCUUUAAUCAGCCGACGGAGAAUGACGGUAAGUUGCCAGACCUGUCUAUAUGACCGAGGUUCGAAGCUUGAAUAGAUUGUCGCUUGUCCACAGUUGUUACAAACAAAAUAUGCUAUUCAAUUUUUUAUAUACAGCUACAACCUUGUUUUUAAUAAAAAAUAUAAUGGAUUGUA